UGUUAUCACGUGACUUGAAACGAGAUUUUUAUUUUCAGAACUGGUACGUUAUUUUUCCAGCUGUGCUACAAAUAGAAUUACAGCUUCAGACAUGUUGAUAGAUGACUUAGAGCAGUUGAAAGACUGGCUAACAGCUCAAUUGUCACCAAUUUGUGAGGCAGAUCCGAGUGCACUAGCCAAGUAUGUUGUGGCACUUGUGAAGAAAGAUAAACCCAUCUCAGAACUCAAGGACAGUUGUACUGACCAGCUAGAUGUCUUUUUACAGACAAAAACAAAAGAUUUUGUGGACACAUUAUUUGAAGUGAUAGAUAACAAGUCAUACAUCAAAGAGAAAGAGGAGACAGCUGCCCCUCUCCCAGACAGUGCCGCCCCAGAUGAAGCCCCACCCACAGAGAAUGAUGCUACCCUGGCACCAAGUGACCAGCAACUGGUUACAUCCACAUCAAAAAUAGAUAUUAAAAGAGAAGAGGAUUUACAGAAAGCAUUUCCAAUAGGAGAAAACCGACCUAGAAAAUCUCGAUCAAGAAGCUUAUCUCCUAGAACUAGAUCCAGAGAAGAUGAUAGGAGAAGAAGAGUAGAUGAAAGACGGAAUUUUGACAGAGGUUAUCCUCGUAGACGAUCAACAAGUCCUAGAUUAAGAAGAUACAGAUCAAGGUCACCAUAUAGACGAAGGUCACCUUUUAGACCUAUCAGAGGUCGUGGUCGAGGACGCUCCCGAUCAAGAUCAUGGUCCAGAAGCUGGUCAAGGUCACCAAGGAGUAGAUCAAGAGAAAGAAUUAGGUCAAGGUCACCAGGAGGUAGGAUUAGAUCAAGGUCACCUGGAGGAGGCUUGAAAUCAAAGUCACCUGCUGGAAGAAUCAGAUCAAGAUCACCUGGCGGUCGUAUCAGAUCACGUUCCCCUGGUGGAAGAAUAAGGUCACGCUCACCUGGAGGUCGUAUAAGGUCAAGGUCGCCUGUAGGAAGAUUACGUUCGAGGUCACCAGGUGCACGUUCACCAAGACGUGAGGUCAGAGCAAGGUCACCGAGGGGAAGAUCUCCGUACAGACGCUCAAUUUCACCAAGAUUUAGAUCAAGGUCACCCAGAAAAAGGUCAAGGUCUCCUGUAGGUUCAAGAAGUCCAAGAUCAAGGUCACCAUUGUCACCUAACAGAUCAAGGUCUAGAUCACCUGUAAGAAAAGUGCGUAGAAACAGCUUAGAUAGUCGAGGUCCAACACCAACGCAAGAGAAUGGACUGGCUGAUAGUUCUAAUCCAACUCCGGCUGACUCGCACAGCUCUAUCUCUGUUGUGACACACACGUCUGGGAGAUACGGAGAGGUGCAGUCAGCAUCUGGGAUACGAUGUAGGGACUAUGAUGAGAAAGGAUUUUGUGUUAGGGGAGACCUGUGUGUAUAUGAUCAUGGAAAUGACCCGGUAGUCGUGGAAAGUGUUUCACAAUAUCCGUCAGGUCACCCACCUCAUCAUUCUGGACAUCCACCAGGCCCCCCACCCCCUAUGCACAUGGGUAUUCCACCCCCUGGAUUUUUCUCCAACAGAAUGCCCGGUCCACCAAUACAUGUUCGACCUGAUUUCCGUCAUCAGGAGCCAUACAAUCCUGAAGCACCAGGACUCACAAGAUCAGGUCCGCCUCCAUUUUGGCCUGGAGGCCCUGACAACAUGCCCCCUUUUAUGAAAGGUCCGCCCCCUACAGUCCCACCACCCAAUCAUGUUCCAGUGAAGUCAAGACUUGGUACCAGAGGAGAUCUAGUAAACCUUACUGUCAGAAGGGAAGUCAAAGAUGACCAAGACGAUGAGGAUACUCCAUCAUCAUCAACUAGAACUGUGAUAGCCCCUAAAGAUGAGCCCCCUUUGUCAUUGUCUCAACCCCCACCCCCAGGGGUACCAGUUGCAGAAACAACAUCAACUGGUCCCCCACCAGGACCUCAAGGUCAUUUCCAACAUCAUCAACAGAGGUUCCAUCCAUAUCAGAGAUUCUCAGGGCCAAGGAAACCAUUUGAUUAUAACCGUAUUGGAGGUUACAGACGUCCUGAUCAGACAAAUUGUACAUUAGAAGUUAGAAAGAUACCACAAGAGUUCAACAACAUAGCCAAAAUAAAUGAACAUUUUGGAAAGUUUGGUUCACUCACAAAUAUACAGGUGAAGUUUGAAGGAGACCCAGAGGCUGCCCUGGUGUCAUUCUCCAGUAACCAGGAGGCUCUCAGCUGUUAUAAAUGUCCUGAGCCGGUAUUUAACAACCGAUUUAUCAAACUAUUCUGGCAUCAGAAAAACAAAGAUACUACCAACCAGGAUGCUUCUCCAGUAUCUACUACCACACAGGGUGUAGCGCAAGAAGACUCUAAUGUUUCACUGAAGUCAAGGCUCGGACCCAUACCACCAGCAAGCAAAAUGCAAUUGAAUAAUCUCAUUAAAAAAUCCACAGAAAAUGCGGUGACAUCAGAUACUUCCCCCACUGUGACACACGCAGAACAGAGUAUAUCAUAUAUUACAACUGGAAUUAGUAAGACUGUUUUCAACCCAGCUGCAGCAGCAAUGGCUGCACGGGCCAAGGCUCAGGCUUCAUUGUCCAGUCCUACAGCUGUGAAAGCGGCAGACUUUGUAUCUAAAAUGGAAAAAGUUAAACAGAUGGAUGCUAUGAAGAAGGAGGCUGCAGCUAAGAAGUUAGAGAUACAGAAAAAUAAGCAGGAUCUAUUGAAGAGGCAGAUUGAACAACAAAAGAAACUGAUAGCAACAUUAGAGAAAAAUAAAGACAUGAAAGAACCAAACAAGAAAGCUAUUAUGGAGACCUUAAAGACAUUAAGUAACAGUAUAGAUAAGUUAAAGACAGAGUUAAGUACCGGUGGUAUAGGAUUAAAGCUGGAGAUAGGAGGGCUGCCGGUGACUGGCAUUACUGUGAAAUCCCCGGAGCAAGCUAAGAAAGAGAUCUUAGACAUGGAGCUGGAGCUGAUGACGAAACCUUCGACAGGCGAGGAGACGUUAGAACUGAAGAAAAAAUUGAACGAGCUUACUAAAGUGGCAAAUUCUAUGGGUAUACUUGGGCGUGGCAGAGGGAGAGGAGCUGUAGCUCGAGGUCGCGCAGCCACUACCUGGGUGGCCAGUGGUAUUACCCCACCAGCUGGUCCUCCUGCCUUUGGAAGAGGAAGGGGCCGUGGUGCUUUGUUUGGAAAGGCUGGAGCAGCUAUAAGGACCCUGGAUAGAAGACCAAAAGUUGUGGAGGUGAUGGGAUUUGAUGCGGAAGAGCAAGAAGAAAUCACUAGUCAUUUAAAUGAAUUGAAGGAAGUGGAGAAAGUGGAGCUCAAUAUGGACAUUCCCAGUGCAAUAGUGACAUUUAAAACACGCAGGGCAGCAGAAAUGGGUAUUUUACACGGUGGAAAGUUUAAGACGAAAAUGUUGAAGAUGAACUGGCAUAUACCUAAGCCAGACUUCUCAAGGAGUAUAAGUUCUUUAUCUGCAGACUCAGAGGAUCAUGAGGAAAUAGACGAGGAAGCACUGUUAGCCGGGGUGGAAGACGAAGAGGAGGAAAAUGAAGAGGAAAGAUCAUGGCGACCUUGACCUGUGGGUGAUGACAUAGACAACUUUUGACCUUUUUUUAAAAAUUAUUAAAGACAUUUGGUUGUUAAAAAAACAAUUGUGCUAUUUAUUUUGAUGCCAAUCACUAGUUUUGUGUGCCAUCUACAAAAAAUGAUAGGUGUAUAUAAAUGAAUGUACUUUUAUGUAAAAUAAUAUUACUUCCUGCUUAUAACUAUCAGAAAUCUCUGUUACUCAACACUUAACUGCAAUUAUAUGCUUUCAUAAGAAGGAAGUACGGUUUAUGACCUCUUUAUUUAAGUUGAUGCAUGUUUUUUUUGUGAAUUUUAUAUAUUAUAUCUUCAUAAUAUUAAUGAUGGAAUAGAAUGUGUUGAUAAAAAUGCAUUUUAUAAAAUGCAUUUUUUUCUGUGUGUUCUUUAUCAUUAUAUUAAUGUUUCUUAUUAAUUGAAAUUAUAAAAUAUAUGUGUUUUUUUUUCAAAUAUGUGUAAAGUUAAAUAGUGAAUAGUUAAGGUGAAGAGUAUUAGUUGAAAAUGAUGCAAAUUUGAUGCAUUUAAACAAUUUACAGAAUGGUACAACUUCAAAGUUUAUUGUAGCAUAAAAGUGAUAGUUCAAAGACAUUGUUAAACAUUCUAAUGUGCAUGGUUAUGUUAAAAAACUCUUAUGUACAUUGUAGCAUUUGAAUUUAAGCUUGCUUAUAAAUUGAAGAAAAUGUUUUCUUCUAUGAUGGGAUGUUUCUUGUUGUUGUUGGAAUUUUUUUGUGUUUUAUUAUUUUUUUUCAUUGAGCACUGACAGAGAUAAGCUGUUUUGUAAAGACAUUUGUUAACUAUAUUUUGUAGUAUUGGCUUGUAAACAUUGUCUGUCACAAUACAAGGGGGAUUAAUUAUUUCUUGAACCCUCAGCUGGCUGGUGGCCACAGAUCUAUCUCCUGCACCAGUGCAGACCUGGACUAGCCGGCAUAUAUGUUAGUGCCAUCUGACAUCAUAUAUGCCAUCUUGGUCACGGCUGCACUGUUUCGCUAAUCACCAAGUGCAUGUUUUGAAAUUUGAAAAAAAAUAUAAUAAUAAUAAUGGUUUGGAGUGUUAAGGGUAAAAGAAGCUGGGUGAUUUAUUAUAGAAGGAGGGUUUAUAAGUACCAGCCAGAAAGGGAUGUAAAGGAAAUUG